AUGUCUGGACCGAUCCUUCCGCUCAAUGGCGCCACAGUUGGCUUAAUGGCACUCCCAACCGUUGUUGGCACAUUCUUCAAACACAUCCUUCCAUCUCCAGAUUCUGAUCCGGCGAAUCGCACCGAACUGAAAUCAGAUGAAGCGCUAGCCGUUGCCCGAUUAAUGAGCCAGAAAAUUACCCAAUACCCGGUUGAAGACGUACAGCGCCUUGCGAAUACCUUCCAGCCAGCCCCAUGGACCGUCAGGGUCAUCCGCGUCUCAAUCCCUGCUUCAACAUGCUCUUCCGCUGCUGAGUACCUCACCGCGGCCUUUGGCCCUGAUGAGAUCAGUAAUCUGAUUGGUGGACGGCAAUGGUGGCAGCUUCGUGAGAACAAGGAUGGCUCAAUCGAGGGGGAAUGGAUUGCCAUGAAGCACGACCUGCCUCGGUCGCCCUCCUCACAGUCCAUGUCGCGUUCGCCGUCGAAACGAUCCCCUUCGCCAGCUAACACCCCCCAUUGCCGCCACCCCGACACGUCUUCGAAAGCAUCUCCCAAUAGCAACUCGGCUCAACUUGCUGACCUACUCGCUGCCCCAGCUUUACAAUCCACUCUGACCGACAAAGAAAAUUUGCCGCACCUGUUUUCCAUGCUCUACCCCGGUACGACUCCUAGUCACCCUGUUGACUCAAACACCCCUAGCUCAUCCACCUGCGAAGAUGAAAUGGCCAGUGACCCGUACGAGGAUGACUUGGACAAGAUGCCUUGUAUGCUCUAUGUUCACGGGGGAGCUUAUUACUUUGGGAGCAUUAAUACCCAUCGAUACGCCAUCUGGAGAUACGCUCAGGAAAUGGGUGGCCGCGCGUUUGCUGUCAAUUAUCGGCUCGCCCCUCAAUACCCAUUUCCUUGUGCACUGGCCGACUGCCUCGCAGCAUACCUCUACCUCAUCCGGCCGCCGGAAAAUGCCAAACACAGGAUGGUAGACCCGUCCAAAAUCGUCAUUGCGGGUGAUUCUGCGGGUGGAGGUCUUAGCUUAGCGUUGUUGACUUUGAUUCGUGAUGUUGGACUGCCGAUGCCCGCUGGCGCCGUACUGAUCUCCCCAUGGGUUGAUCUCACACACUCGUUCCCGUCAAUUAUGAGCAACUCGGACACAGACAUUUUACCACCCUACGGACUUAUGCACCAGCCCAGUGUACAUUGUCCACCGUCAUACGUAAAGUCCAGUGUCUCUGGCAAAACCACUGCAACACCUGCAAACACGUCUGAAGCCCAACCUGCUCCCUCAACCUCUCAAUCGCAACCCCCAAGACCCACCGAAGAUUUUAACCCCUUCAAGCUCAAGUUAUGUUCCGAGCUCAAAGUCUGCACCAAUAAGUCAGAUCAUGCCACACCAAUCAUCGAGCUGAAAGAUGGCCAGCCAGUUGAAAUGGAUCCGCAAAUUCAGCUCUACGCCACCAAUGAUCAAUUAACUCAUCCAUACUGCUCGCCUCUUUUCUCUCCAAGUCUAGGUGGAUUACCACCCUUGCUGAUGAUUGCUGGAGAGAACGAAGGUCUUAGGGAUGAAAUCAUUUACCUCGCUCAUCGUGCGGCACACCCAGACCGAUAUCACCUUCGGGAAGGUUUACUAAACGCUCACCCCGAGAGGAAAGCCAAGAUAGCUGAAUACCCGCCAACCAAGGUUCACCUUCAGGUCUACGAUGAGAUGUUUCAUGCCAAAUAUUGUUACAGGGCAAUUGGUUCUUUUUGCAAAUUCAUAACUGCUUCGAAAACCGAAACAAAUCUGAAUACUUCUAGCAUGCCUGUAUCCACCAAUCUGAGCCUCACGACCAACCUUACAUCUCCACCAACACCGCUUCCCACGCCACCACCUUCUGCGUUGGUCACACACUUUCUGUCUGACAGAAAAUUCUCUCGCAUCGCACCUGAUGAACCACCUCAGGCAACCCUUCCAGAAGCUACUUUGGCUGAACUCAAGCACACCAUCUACCAUGCCUCAUUCCCUGAACGACGCCCAGACUUUGUGGACGAAAUGAUUCGUGAACGGGUGGCUCUUGAUGGGCAUGUGAGACCCUUGGAAGAUGAAGCCAAGCUUGAUAUCCUGAGAAUCUCGCCUAACCAACUUGGGAUCAUGAAGGAUGGGCCCCUCAGGCGAUGGGCUGAAGGAAGAAAUAUCCCUGAUAAGCAGCACCUUUUGCCAACUCCUUUGCCCAAACCUCACAUCUAUGGCCUGAAGAAUGUUCCGCAAUCGGAUCUUCUUGACAUGCCCUCAAAUACCAUCUGGAGCUACAUUCUUACAGAGGCAACCUACGAGCCAGAUGCUUUUCGAACACCAAUCAAUGUGACAGAAUUUAUUCACUUUGCAACUCCAUUUCUCUCCAAACAGUAUCUGCUUGAUCUUGAAGAGCGCUUUCAUCAACUAUCUCAAUCUGAGGCUGGCCUAGACUUUACUUUGCGUCAUCACAAUGUUGCAAUACUUGAACAAAUCUUGGCAGAUCUUCAAGAACUCAAUGAUGGAGCUGGUGACAAUGAGAAGAACCAACGCCAAAAGAACUCAUCAAAUCAACAAAAAUUUGUGAACCAUGAAGACCCAAUCAGAUCAAGCCCACUAGAUGACUCAGACGGCAAUGAUACUCUCCAGCCUUCAGGUAGUGACAACCCACCACCUCUAGACAUUUUUCCACAAAUCCUACACAGCUUUCAAGAAGCAAUACUCAUCCUGGUACCCAUGUCAGCUUUCAAAACACCUCCAAAGAACAUUUGUGGCCGCAAUCGCCCAAUAAGUGACAGAAGCAAAGCUUUCCGGACCCACCCUACAAUUUUUGACGUAUCCAAUGACGCAUCCUUGUACAACCCACAUCAACAAACAGCCGGAAUUGCUUGUAUUUUCCACGGCACCCGGAAUUCCUCAUUGGCAUCCUUCUACGAAAAUGGGAUCCAACCUGCAUUUGGUCGAAAUGAAUUUUCCUUUGCACCUGCAUUCUAUGCCUCAAAUGAUCCCCAGCAAGCCUUUGAACAUCCUCUUCACCAGCACAUAGGAAUAAUCUCACCUGGCACCAUUGACACUAUUGCUGUCAUACAAUUCGAUGUAGCUGUCUCAGUCUUGCAUGGAAUCAAAUCACCGGGGGAUGGACAACCACCGUUCCAGGUAUAUUGA